AUGAAUGUUGAAGUGAGAAAGGACGUCAAUGGAGCCGAGACAUGGUGGCCUAUGAAAGCGAUCGAUAUCACGAACGAGGGACUUUUGAUCAUUGGAGAUGCUGGCCAAGGAGACAUUCAAAAGAUACCUUUCUCCGAUGUCAGGCUCCCAGCAAUUCCAGCUUCAACGCUAGCGUUCACGGUCGGCAAUGAAAUUGAGGCCUUUAUUCAAGACAAAAUGUGGCGGCGCGUGAAGAUCACUGCUUUCGAGAGCAAUUUUUUGAUUGUGGAUUUGGGCGACGGAAAGACCGACGCUGUAGAAUUCAACUCAAAGGUCGUUCGAACAACCGACACUUAUUACAAGAAGCUCACCAAGGAUUCUUUUUUUCACGAACGAUUUAAAAUUCCCGAAGAAGUUGUGAAUUACUUCAAGAAGAUGAAUCUCAUCGCGAAUUUUACUUAUGGGAAAUUUUUUGCUAAAAUAGAGGAUGAGCACAUGGUUGUCUAUGCAACCGAAAAAGAUAGAAUUGAGCACGCGAAAAUGCGGUUAGAUGUUUUAAUCGAGGACGAAAAAGAUCGCAUGGAUCAGCUGCAGAAACAAAAAGUGCGGAAGGCACUUAAUAAUACCGAAGAAGAUGCUUCCACUUACAUGAACGAAUUUUCCGAGCCACCAUCUCUGAGGAACUUGGCUAUUGGGACAGAUGGAAGCAAUAUGAAACAAGCCAAAGAAUUUGAGAGUGUCCAGGAUAUUGAGGUAACAUUUUGUCUCGAUACACUAUAUAUUUUUUUGUUUUUGAUUGGUCGUCGCCUCUUCCAACCAUAUCGGUCCAACAGGGAUUCACAAGGAACGCAGUUGACGGAAAGUGAUAAGCAGUCACCAGUUUUCAAAGUCUAUGCGAAUGAUCCAGAAGCAACUCAAAAAGCUCGCGCUCUUCUUGAAGAAAGAGUCUCCGUUCCAAAAGAACUUGUUGGAAAUAGUGUAGACAAGAGUGGAGCUAUUCAGAUCAAAAACAAUGAGCCUAUGAAAGGAUGGCGACAGAAUGCUAAUGAAUUGCAACGUCGGAUGUAUCACAGUAGCAAUGCUCCAGUGUUUGGUGGAGGCGCUUGGGGGAGAAGGGGUUCUACAAAGGAAGAAAUCGUUUCUCCUAACGACAGACUUGGCUUCAAUGCUGUGAAACGCGUGGGCUACGAUCAAUCUGGGAGCCGACAGAUCAACGAUGAGGUACGCCCCGGUCAACAUCGAUUUGGUGAUCGUGGAGGACAUGACGCUUGGGGAAGAAGGGGCUCUGCAAAGGAAGAAACGCUCAAGGGAGAAAUAGUUCGUCGUGACGACAGAUUUGGCUUCAAUGUUGCGGGACAUGGGGAUCACGAGCAAUUUGAGAUUCGGCAGAACAACGAUGAAGCACACCGUAGUCAUCAACAUCGAUUUGGUGAUCGUAGAGGACAUGGAUAUGGAUAUCGUAGAAACGACGAAUUCCGUCAAAGUGGACGCGGCGGAUUUCGUAAUGACCGAGGCAAUCAAUUUUGU